CUGAACUCUUCAUGUUCCUUUGGCUGUGCAUCAUUUAAUGUUCUCAGUAUUGGUUUUUGCUAUUAUCUUGAUGAAAACCUAAGUGACUGAAAGAAGGCUUAUUGGACUUUAAAUCAUCUUGGGCCCCUUUCUUGUGUAUUUUAGGAGCAGUUGUCUUAUUCUCAUCUCCAGGGAGAAAGCCAUUACUCAAGCUUUGGUAAAGCCUUAUGCCGGUUUUUGGGAGCAAUUUUUGUUUCCUUUUUCUUCAUCCACAACUUUGGAGCUUAAGAAUUGUCUAAUAUCUGUGGUCAAUUGCAUGGAGAGUGAUAACCAGACUUCCUCAAGCAUGGAAUUCCUGCUGCUUGGGUUCUCUGACCUGUUCUACUUGCGGGUUUUCUUUUUCUUCAUCCUCCUUGGGUUGCACUUGGCUACCCUUGCAGGAAACCUGCUGAUUCUCUUGGCUGUGUCAGCUGUGCCCUCCCGUCCUCCAAUGCUCUUUUUCCUCUGCCAGCUCUCGGCCAUUGAGCUCUGUUAUACCCUCAUCGUUGCUCCUAAAGCGCUGGCUGACCUGUUGAGCAACAGGGAAAGCACCAUUUCUUUUGUGGGCUGUGCUACCCAGAUGCAUUUCUUCGUAGCUCUGGGGGGAGCUGAAUGUUUCCUCCUCGCAGCCAUGUCUUAUGACCGCUACGUAGCCAUCUGCCAGCCCCUUCGCUACAUGGCAGUGAUGAACCAAGCAUUUUGUCUUCAGCUUUUGGUCAUCUGCUGCCUUGGGGGAUUUGUGGUCUCUCUGGGGCUGACUGUGGCUAUCUUCCACCUGCCCUUCUGCAGUUCCCACCAUAUUGAUCACUUCUUUUGUGACGUCCCUGCUCUUCUCCACUUGGCCUGCACCAAGAGCUAUAUCAAUGAGCUUCCCCUCCUUGUAGCUUGCAUGCUCAUUCUGCUCCUUCCUUUCCUCCUCAUUCUUAUCUCUUAUACCUGCAUCUGCCUUGCUGUGAUGAGGAUCCAUAAUUCCUCUGGCCGAGGUAAGGCUUUCUCCACUUGCAUCUCACACCUGGUGGUCACAGUCUUGCAUUAUGGUUGUGCCACUUUCAUAUAUGUCCGACCCAAGUCUAGCUACUCACCCCAUCGAGAUAAGAUGAUAGCCCUCAUCUAUACCAACAUUACCCCCCUGUUGUAUCCUUUAAUUUAUAGUGUUAGGAACAAAGAAAUCAAAGGAGCUGUGAGGAAGUUAUUGCAAAAAAGAUUAGCUCAGCCAAACUGCAGCAUUUUUAAAAGCAGAUCUGCUCAUUUCUGAGGAAGUAAAUUGAGUCCAGUCCAGAAUCUAUGAAAUCAAUAUUUCUUGUGUAUUGGGAAACCUUGUAUAUUUCUUGUAUAAUGGAGAGAAAGAAAAUAAAAAACAGAGGCACCCACUGUGAUUCAUAAGUUAAUCUUCUCUUUUUGCCCUCUGCCUGGGAUGGUCAAACAUUAAUUGUUAAUUCAUCUUGGCGGGUGGGUCGCAAAUUAUGCCUUGCGAGGCAUAAUUUGUGACCCAAAUUAUGGGUUUGUGUACAAUAAUAUACAUGCUUAACUGUGCACACUCACACUUUAUUUAUU